GCGCCGCUGCCCCUCGGCGGGACCCGCUGCCCCUCGGGCUGCCCCUCGGCCGCACCCGCUGCCCCUCGGCGGGACUCGCUGCCCCUCGGCCGGACCCGCUGCCCCUCGGCGCGCACCCUGGGGCCCGGCGCCGGAGCCGGGAUGCGCUGCCGCUGCUCUGCGGCCUCAGCAUGGAAGCCAAGCGGGUGGAGAUUCCCGGCAGCGUGCUGGACGAUCUCUGCAGCCGAUUUAUUUUGCAUAUUCCCAGCGAGGAGAGAGACAAUGCCAUCCGAGUGUGCUUCCAGAUCGAGCUUGCCCACUGGUUCUACCUGGACUUCUAUAUGCAGAACACACCAGGACUGCCUCCGUGUGGGAUAAGGGACUUCGCCAAGGCCGUCUUCAGUCACUGUCCGUUCCUGCUGCCCCAAGGCGAAGACGUGGAGGAAGUCCUGGAUGAGUGGAAGGAGUACAAGAUGGGGGUGCCGACGUACGGUGCCAUCAUUCUGGAUGAGACACUUGAAAAUGUCCUUCUGGUCCAGGGCUACCUGGCGAAAUCAGGCUGGGGGUUUCCAAAAGGGAAGGUCAACAAAGAGGAGGCCCCUCACGACUGCGCGGCCCGGGAGGUAUUUGAAGAAACUGGCUUUGAUAUCAAGGACUAUAUUUGUAAGGAUGAUUAUAUUGAACUUCGAAUCAAUGACCAGCUUGCUCGUUUGUACAUCAUUCCAGGAAUUCCUAAAGACACAAAAUUUAACCCUAAAACGAGAAGGGAAAUUCGGAACAUUGAGUGGUUCUCUAUUGAGAAGUUGCCCUGUCACAGAAAUGAUAUGACACCAAAGUCCAAACUUGGCUUGGCUCCUAACAAAUUUUUCAUGGCGAUUCCCUUUAUCAGGCCGUUAAGGGACUGGCUUGCUCGACGAUUUGGAGAUUCUUCGGACAGUGACAAUGGGUUCUCUUCGGCUGGUAACACGCCAGCCAAACCCACUGUGGAAAAAUUGAGUCGGACCAGGUUGCGCCCCAGCCACCAGCUGUUUCCCGAGGGUGUGCCCGGAGACCAGUGGGUGAGGCCCCGGCAGCCGCCGCCGCAGAGGCCGCUCAGUGGUCAGCCCGAGCUGUCGGACCUCCUGAAAGCCAAGAAUCCAAAUACGAGGGGAAAUGGCAGAAAACAGUACCAGGACUCGCCUAAUCCCAAGAGAAGGACAAAUGGGACCCAUAGCCAGCUGGCCAAGCAGCAGAACCCCCUGCCGAAAUGUGAAAAGAAACUUCAUCCACGGAAACUUCAGGAUAACUUUGAAGCAGAUGCUGCUGUGUACGACCCGCCCUGCUCCGGCGAAGACCCACCGCUCGAGCACCCUGGGGCUCAGGCCGCAGCCUGCAAUGGACACUGCGCGUUCCCCUUCUCCUCCAGAGCCUUCCUGAGCUUCAAGUUUGACCAUAAUGCCAUCAUGAGGAUCCUGGACCCCUGACAGCCAGCAGGGUCCACCGGAUCUGAGACCACACAUCAGAGUGGGGGUGUCAGGCCUCGCCUUUCUCAGGUGUUCUCCAGAAGUGCGGGGGCACAGUGUGGUCGCCGUGUGCCCCGCACUGACUUUCAUAACCAGUGUUUGCAGCAAGCUUAGUUCCUCUCUGGGAGGAAGCUGUUUCUGUGUAGUUGGGUUUUACUCUGUAUUCUGGUCAAGAAAAUAAGAUUUGAGACAUCCCCGAGCAGCCAGAUGACUGGGCGGCACCCUCUGCCCAUUGGAGUGCUUGCAAUGAUGGUUUGCUUUUAUUGAAAAGUGUUCUUAUACUGAGAUUUUUAAAGGAAAGAAUACCUGGUUGUGAAAUGAACACGGGCGCCGACAUGUCACAGGCAUCAGGCCACGGGUCCUGCGUGGAGGUGGCUGGUUCUCCCCCACGUGGCACAGAGCCGCUCUCCGCCAGGGCUCCCCAGUGCUCCUGCGUCGGCGUCUCCAGACGGUUUAUUUGGAAUGGGGUCUGCGGCCUGAAGUGCCUGAGCGCAGCCAGGGCGGGGGUGCCGUGUGCAGGCGGGCCUGUAGCGUGGAGGGCACACAGCCUGGUCACAGUGCUUGCUUUGGACCUGCCUUUCCCUGGUGCCUCCCAUGCUGUCAUUCCUACAGGGGAAUGCCUGUAGGAAUGUCCCCAGAACGGGAAUGCCUCCCUCUGGUUGUGUUCCUCUGUGCUGAUCUCUGGACGCUGGCGUUGUGGUGGGCUCCAGCCCAACACGGCUGCAGAGUCUGCUGAAGCCCUGGGUGCUGGAGCUGAAGGGGCCCCCGGGGGAGGCAGGGGACAGGCUGGGUGGCCACUGAUACGUCCUGGGAAUGCAUUUUGCGCCUUGAGCCUUCUGAGGUACCAGGUAAGGUGACAGUGCCCGUCUGAGGAGGGGCCCCAGGCUUCAGGGGCCGCAGCGUUUCGGCUGCAGCCAGCUUCCCAGGAGAGUGGGGCUGUGCAUGUCUCUGCCUCCUUCUUGUGGGCAAAGUGCUGUCCACAGAAUCUGUGCGUGUGCAGAUGGCCUCCAGGGCCUCUGUGCGGGGCGCUGCCAUCAGGAGUCACCUGGAGUGUGUGCUUGGUGCCGAGUCACGGCGCAUUUAUAGCUGGCCUACCCAUAAUCCCGCUCUGUGUGUGUGACUGCCCUUUAGUGCAUGCUGCGGCGCUGGGGGCAUUCACUGUUUUUCCCAGAAAUGUGGCUGCUUUGCUUGGGUCUUCCUGAGCCAUACUGACCGUGGGUCCCAGCAUUCCAGAUCCCUGUUGAGUUGUCAAGGCAGUGCUGCCUGCUGGGUGAGUCCUCCCUCGUGCUUAGUGUGUGCGUGCUAGGCGAUGCGCUGGGCAGUCUUGCGGCCUGUGGGGUGGGUUUCCCAGCUCUUCAUCUGAAUGCAGAGCUUGGCGUUCGCACAGGCGUGGCCCUGGCGAGGAGCUGUCCGCAGCCGAGGGAGGCUGCGGGGCCAGUGGGCGGCCGGGCAUCGUUUGUGUGUUGGGUUCACUCCUUACGUGUUCUUUGGUUCCAAGUUACGGUGCACUGUGAAUCUUAUUUUGUUAUUUUUUUUUUUGAACCUCUGUAGGUGCUUUUAAGUGUAAUGUUAAUUAUUUACAAAAUGUUAAUGAAUUGUUGUUACACUUAACUGUUGUCAUCCAGAAGAUAAGGGUACAGUUACAUGCAUCCAGCAGUCCUUGUUCAGGAAUAGCAAGUGACUGGCGUCAGCCUCCUGGGAUGCCAGCUGCUGCCCGCACCUCCGUCAGGGCGAGACUGAAUUAGGGGGAAAUUGGGGUGGGCUUUUCUAUUAAUAUAGAGGCUAAAAUUUCCCAGUGUUGUCAGAAAUUGUGCUUGUUUGCUAUUUUGAGCUUUAGAUGUCCUUAUUUUUCUAUUAAAUAUCAAUUAAGGAAUAUAAUGAAGAUAUAGCAAAAUUAAUUUUAUGCUAUAAGAGCGAGUUGAUAUGUUUUCUUUUGAAAGCUUCAGUUGUUUGUAUAUCGUACGAAAUAAAAGAAGUCAGAGCUA